CUGUGUGUGUAUAUAUGUGUGUGUGUGUCACUCUCCCGCAGCGUAAAAGGCGACGUUCAGAGCUAAAACCUUUCGAUUCAUGGCAUGGAGGAGUCGGCUAACUGCUGCAGCCCUCUCAUCUGUGACACGUUAGGUGGAUGAGGAGGAUACCAUGUUCUGAUCCCCGUUAUUAUCGAGCUGAAACAAACCUUCGUCAGGCAACUCGACUACUGUCCUCUCUUCUCUCCUUUUUUUUUUCUUCCCUGCCUUAUUUUCCUUCUCGGUUAAAUCUGGCGCAUCACCGUUUUCAAUCAACUUUGGAUAGCAGAUUUAUGCCGUUUAGCCUGCGUGAAUCGCAGCAACAGAUUAUCAAGGAAAAGAAAUACUGAGCUCUCUGCGGGGUUUUAGAUGCUUCCAACUUUGAGGAGGAGGAACAACCCCUAAACCUCUCAUUAAAAAAAAGAUUAAAAAAAAAACACGAGGGACGAAUACAAAGUCAUCUCUGUCAUCUCCCACUUCAUGAGAAGGAGAGGUUUCGGGGAAAGGUGAUCAGAGAGUUGACGGGAAUCAUGGCAGCUACUUUAUCGGCGGAGGAGGAACAGGCAACCAGGCAGUUUCUGGAGGAAAUCAACAAGUGGACCAGUCAGCAUGGAGUGUCGCCGCUGUCCAGGGAAUUGGCUGUCAAGUUCCUCAUGGCUCGCAAGUUUGACGUCCUCCGUGCCAUUGAGUUGUUCCACAGUUACAGGGAAACACGUCUAAAAGAAGGAAUUGUCAGACUCCAGCCUCAGGAGGAACCCCUGCGCUCAGAGCUGCUCAGUGGCAAGUUCACAGUGUUGAGUGCACGAGACCCUUCAGGAGCCUCCAUUGCCUUGUACACUGCCAAACUUCAUCACCCCAACAAGACUGGAAACCACGUGGUGCUUCAAGCUCUCUUCUACCUCCUUGAUCGAGCAGUGGAAAGCUUUGAAACCCAGAGGAAUGGCUUGGUGUUCAUCUACGACAUGGCAGGCUCCAACUACACAAACUUUGAGCUGGACCUGAGCAAAAAGAUCCUCAACUUGCUCAAGGGGGCGUUCCCUGCCAGACUGAAGAAGGUGCUGAUUGUUGGGGCUCCUGUUUGGUUUCGAGUGCCCUAUAAUCUGCUCAGCCUGCUUCUCAAGGAGAAACUACGGGAAAGGGUUCAGAUGGUGAAGAUGUCCGAGCUGCGUCAGCACCUCCCCAGAGAUUGUCUCCCCCAGCACCUGGGUGGCCUGCUGCCCCUGGAUGCGUACAGCUGGAACCAGCAGCUACUGGUGGGCCAAAAUGGCAGAGUGGACCCCGUUGAUGAGCUGGUGGGAAUCCCGGUGGAAGAUUCCUCCAUUCAUGUCCCUGGGCCAGAGUCCAUGCGGCCCCAGGAGCUCCUGGUGCAUCUCGGCAGGCUGCAGCGCUCCGGCAUCCAUCAGGAAUACGAGGAGCUGCGCAAAGACACGCUGCCUGGAACUUUCCACUGUGCACAAACAGCCUACAAUCAGGAGAAGAAUCGCUAUGGAGAUGUGUUGUGCCUUGAUCAAACCAGAGUUCGUUUGAAACCCAGAAGAAAUGAGAGAUCUGACUACAUCAAUGCAAGCUUCAUGGACGGCUACAAACAGAAGAAUGCAUACAUUGGUACUCAAGGUCCGAUGGAAAGGACAUAUGGUGAUUUUUGGAGAAUGGUUUGGGAGCAAAACGUCCUUGUUAUCGUCAUGACAACCAGGACAGACGAAGGCAGUCGGAGGAAGUGCGGACAGUACUGGCCCCUGGAGGAAGGUGGACAGGAGGUCUAUGGCCAUAUAGCUGUGGUGAACCAGAGAGUGGACCACCACAGCCACUAUAAUCACACCACCCUGGAGCUGCACAACACUGAGACAUGUGAACAAAGACAUGUCAGUCAUUUCCAGUACCUGAGCUGGCCUGACUACGGGGUCCCCACCUCGGCAGUGACCCUCAUCGACUUCCUGGGAGCUGUGAAGAGACAACAGAGAAAAAUGGUGAAGGCUUUGGGCCUUCAGUGGACGGGCCACCCACUAGGACCUCCAAUGGUAGUCCACUGCAGCGCAGGGAUUGGAAGAACAGGUACCUUCUGUGCCCUGGACAUCUGUCUGUCCCAGCUCCAAGAUGUCGGCUCGCUUAACGUGUGUCAAACGGUGAGACGCAUGAGGACACAGAGGGCCUUCAGCAUUCAAACCCCAGACCAGUACUACUUCUGCUACAAUGCUAUUUUGGAACACGCCCAAAGGCAGGGCCUGCUCCCAUCCAAUCAGUGAGCUUCAGUCCUGAUGUCCCCCUCCUCCCCACUCUCCCCCAAUUCCACAAGCCCUGCCAUCUCUGCAGUCAGUCUGUAAACCCCAGAGCCACGUUGUCUGACCAAGACUGAGUGUUGAGACAAGGCCAUUCCUAAUUGGCAGACCAGGACAAAGCAGUGACUAUAACAAUGCUUUGAUUGUCGACACGGUGUUUUUAAUGUGAUAUUGUGGCCACCAACAAUGUGACGUCUUUGUUUUUUGCUGAACAUAUCUCUGGAGAAACACAGUUAAGUGACCAAACUGCUCAAGUGAUGUGUGGCCGGGCACAUUGUGUUACCUGAGGUGAUGUUAAUCUUUUUAAUUUAUUCAUUUGUCAGUGAUGGGACCUUAAACAGGAUAUGUCACCGUGCUAUAUGUUGUAACAGCUAACAUGAAUGUUAUCAUCAUAGCCCAAAAAAGAAAAAAAAAAAAGCUGUACUGUUUCCUGUAGCUGCUGCUGUAGAGUAAUCGAGUAUUUCACGGCCAAAUAAACGCCACCUAGUCUUAAUUACUUCCUGUGCAAGAGCUGAGCUGGAACUGUGGUGGUUAACCUCAUGUUUCAUGGACAAAUAAUAUAAAUAUUUAAUGGAGUUUUGGGGUGAAAUAUUCCUUUAAAGUCAUGGCACAACUAUAAUAAGGCCAUUUUUGCCCUCUAGUGUGUGCUGAACGCAAGUAUUCAGUGGAAUUUAAGCUCCAUACUGAACCAAGAAGUAUUCAGCCAAGAAGUUAUUUUCCUUGGAUUUUUUUUUUUAACAUUCUUUUCUGCCAUAGCAAACAGCAGCAAGAAAGUAAUCACAUCCAAAAUAAUUUGCCUGACAACACACUGCUGUUGAUGUGAGUUCAAACCCAAAGCCUUUUCUCUUGCCUAAACAUUAAAAAGCCUUUUGCAGCCUUAGCUGUGCAGUAAUGUAUUGCAAAGCCACACACACAUUUAUUAAAGGCAGCAUCUGUGUAAGUCAGCAGUUAAGACCUCGUGAUUAGUGCAAUACUUUUUUUUUUCCUUUUAAAUAAACAUAAAUCACAUCUGA